ACUUCAUCAACGUGCUUUGAAGAGUUUGUCAACCUGUUGGUAACCAUGAAGUUCGUCACUUUCUCCGUUGGCUUCUGUUUGCUCUUCAUCGGCGCAGCUCAAGCAGAUGUCAGCGAGUUGGUCAACAAGGCUCCAAACGAGAUCCAGACCUGCAUCGUGUUGACCACUCACGACGAGCAGCACUCUGCCACCGAGGAGUUGCUCGCAGAGGAAGUCACAACUGCGGUGGGAGUUCCCCGGGACGAGCAGCAGCAGGAUCCGGGACAUCCGGACUAUCGGGGACCGUAUCACUACACGAAGCCCAAGGUCGAGCUGGAGUACGCCGUUCCGGAUGUGCCGCCCCAGGGACGGGAUCUGGACCUGCCCAAGAAUGACUAUCUGCCGCCGUCGGCGGAGGAGAAGGACCAGGAGGACGAGGACGUUCCUCCGGAAGGUCGCAACGGGGAGUUCCCCAAGAAGGAGUAUCUGCCUCCGGCGGUGGAGGAGGUUGAUGGAAAAAUUAAGAGGAACGUGCAUUUUGGAAGGAAGUUGCUGUAA